AUGUCUCUUCCUGGAUUAGAGCUAGCUGAAGCAGCAGUCGAAGCCCAAUACGCUCUUCCACCGCCUACACAGGUUAAUCUGCGUGCUGGAUCUGAAUGGAGGUUUGAGAUUGCAUUUGGUGCGACGGUUCGAGUCAAGUUACUCACCGGCACCGCAGAGCUAUUCGGAACUGAACUCGCGCCUUUACAAACAUAUACAUUCAGCGGUACAAAAGCGGCAAUAUACACCUGGCACGGAUGUGCGCUAGAAGUUACAGCUGGUGAGACGGUCAACACGUCGAGCAAUGGAUUUGCGCCAGGCGGAUCUACGAGCGGAGGUGGAGGUGGUCAAACACAGGGAUACGGCGCGGGAGGAUGUUCAAGCGAAUACGUCGCCGAGGAUACGCCCAUGGUAGAAUAUAGUAACGUCCAUUUCGGUCUUGAGACAAUGCGGCAAGAGGCCCAAACAGAAGGUGGGAAGGAUGGGCCACGGGUGUUAAUACUGGGACCCGAGAAUGCGGGAAAGACGACAUUGACGAAGAUACUAACGGCGUAUGCGACCAAAAUGGAUCGACAGCCGAUAGUGGUGAAUCUAAAUCCAAUGGAGGGCAUGUUGAGUGUCCCAGGCACAUUGACGGCGACGGCGUUUCGGUCGAUGAUUGAUGUUGAGGACGGGUGGGGAAGUAGUCCGAUGUCUGGGCCGAGUCCUAUCCCAGUGAAGCUGCCGUUGGUCUACUUCUAUCCUAUGAAGAGUCCGUUGGAAGCGGAUGGAAAUGUCUUCAAGCCUAUUGUCUCAAGGCUGGCGCUUUCAGUGACGGCGCGCAUGGCCGAGGAUGACGAUGCGCGGGAGGCGGGUAUAAUUGUUGAUACGGAUGGUAGUCUUGGUUCAGGCACACCGAAAGCGCUGGAGUUGAUUCACCAUAUUGUCACAGAGUUCUCUAUCUCAACGAUUCUAGUCAUCGGCUCAGAACGCCUUUACAGCACCAUGCUGAAAAACUACGAUCAAAAACCAACCACCAGCGCAUCCGCAACCCAUUCCGACGAACGCAUCACAGUCCUCAAACUCUCCAAAUCCGGCGGCUGUGUCGACAGAGACGAAGCAUUCAUGAAAGCCAUCAGCGAAUCUCAAAUACGAUCCUACUUCUUUGGCACUACAGCGACGAGCACCGCCAGUACCGCGAAUACAGGCGUUAUAGGGUCGAUAUCCGGUGGUGGGGGGAGUAAUAGUAACAAAAUCACGCUGUCGCCUCAUACGCAACAACUUGAUUUUGCAUCACUGGCUUUGUACAAUUAUACAAUCACAUCUACCACGACAGAAGAGGAUGAGGAUGAAUACGACCCGUCGAAUUUCGGCGCUGAAUCAUUCUCUACUCUCGCUGGCCAGCAAGAAAACACAACCACUACCUCUGCAAAUGCAAACGCGCCCUACGACCCCUUGUCAUCAACAUACUCAUCGUCCGGCGCAACAGAUAACGAAUUACCUCUGAAAAAAUUCACGCAACCGCCAACCCUAGCCCUAGCAAACUCCUUGAUUGCGAUCACCCACGUCCCGCCCAAUGCUCCAGUAAGCGAUAUCAGAGACUCAAGUAUCAUGGGCUUUGUAUAUGUCGCGGACGUAGAUGCAGACAAGAAGAAGAUUAGGGUUUUGGCGCCUGUGGGUGGACGGAUGCCUGCGAAAGCGCUGGUUUGGGGGAAGAAUUGGCCUGGGGAGGUUGUUGGGUUGGUUGGCUGA